AUGACUGAAGUCAAUGCUUAGCAAACGUUUAUUAAUAGCUUCUUGGAUAAGAAUCGAGAUGCUAAAACUCUAUUAUUGUGCUUCUCAAAAGAGAGUCUGAAUGAUUUUAUGCUCUCAUUAUAGACUUUUAUAAAUCUAAUAAAGACAAAGACAAACUAAAUUUUCAUUCCUGUUACCAUACAAAACAAUCCUAUGAACCCCGAUGAGGAAUUUAUAGUGGGACUUUAAUGUGAUUAAAAUCUAAAGAAGUAUGAGUAUUAAUUUUUCAGCAAGGGACUAGAUGAAAAAACUAUAGCCGAUUUGUUUACAUUAAGAACUUUUCAAUUCGAAACAACUGAUGUAGAUCCCAAUCAAAAGAGACAGCGAUUGAUUGCCUACGAUCAACACAAUUUAGUUUUGAUUGGAGCUAUUCAGGCACCAAAUAAUGCUAACAAGUUGCAUUUGUUGAUGUAUACAAAGAUAUUAAGUUAAUAAGACCUUUAAGAAAUGAAAAAGAACCCACAUCACAUUAGAGUUGAGUACAGACCUUCUAUUGCUAAUUAGAAAGACUUUGAUAUCCUCUUGAAUGAUUAAGUAGUUGAAGAUCCCUCAUAUUACCUCAGAACUGUAAUCACAUUCUAGCAGAAGGCAGACUCAAGAUACCACUUUGUAGUCUUCCAAGCAUACCCCUCAGUAGACAAGAUGUAUCUUGUCUAGAAUUUCCCUACGCAGGUCGGUGAAGAGAAUAAGGCAUUGAGAGAAAAGGUGCUAGUCAGUAACACGCCAUAUUAUUCAAAAAAUCAGUCAUCUACAGCACUAAAGGAAAAUAAUCACAUUAGGUACAAUCUAGCUGAAAAGCUAUCAGUAUCAUUAGAUCUUCAAUACAGAGCCUAAGUAAGCUUAAUAGCUGAGUUCAUAACAAAUACAAGCUAUGAAGACUCUUAUUUAACUUUUACCGCAUGA